UCAGAAAGUUACAGAGGAAAAUAACCAAUCAACGAUUUUGAACUCACCAAAAUCACGUGUUUUGUUACAUGUCGGUACACGUGAUUGACCUGACCCUUUCGGUUUUGAUAGACGGUUUCCAACAGUAACGAAAAAGGGCGCUGGAAGGGAAGCCGAGAUGACGUACCUUAUCAUGUGAUGUUCGUUGUCCUCGUGGUCAGUUUCGUCGCUUCUCUCUUCUUGUUCACAUGACCAGUUUGUUUGACCCCAUGACCACGACUCCGCACUCUAGUUCUCCAACUUUGGACAUGCUCGACGGGUCUCUGGAUCCUGAGAAAAAUUCACCGCUACAAGAUCCCAAAAGUACCGAUCCAACACAAGUGCCAGAGCCAGAAACAGUCACGGUUACAGUAUCGACCGUUUCCGAAGAACAAACGGCAGCUGCUCUUGUAGGACAACAAGCGAACGCAGCUUUCGGCGAUCCGGGCACUCUUCAGUUCCAAUACAGAACAGACGCUACGGGUGUACAAACGGCUGGAUUUAAUGGAGGGUCGCAGCCAAUUCGAGUCGUUCAGGUUCAAGCCACCGAUCCUACCGGCGAACGAGUAGAUGCCGCUACGGCUGCUUUUGCUCCCCAAGUUCAAACUGUUAUCCAAAGUCCAUUUAGUAAUGGCUCUUCCCCUACACACACUGUGGAAGCUGAAGGCGCGGCAGAUGGGGCUAGAUUCACGUAUUUUCAGGCGGCUGACGGCGCGACAACAGCCACAGUGGUUCAAGCUGGUACGAACGAUUCUUUAGAUGGUACAAGCGCCUAUACAGUGCGAAACAUUCCCGUGUCGCUUACUCAGCCAUCUUCGCCUUCCCAAAUACCAAUUACAAUGGCCGAAGCACAGACUAUCACCACUGUCGGUACUGCUGCAGGUGGUUUUUACGUGAUGAUGUCUCCGCAAGAUGUUAUGCCAAGCGGAAACCAACGGAACAUAGCUCCUGCCAUGCCUCACAAAAUCUCCACGAAGUUGGAUGCUCCGCGAACCGCGAGGGAUGAAAAAAGACGAGCGACUCAUAACGAAGUUGAACGUCGCCGUAGAGACAAGAUAAACUCAUGGAUCAACAAACUUGCUAAGGUUGUACCAGAGUGCUGCACUGAGCAGACAAAAGCUGGCCAGGUUGGGGGAGCACAGAAUAUUAGUAAAGGAGGUAUUUUGUCAAAGACAGUGGACUACAUCAAUGAACUGAAAUUACACAAUACACGAAUGGCAGAAAAUAUUAAAGACACAGAAAGACUUACCAUAGACACAGAGCUCUUACGACAACAAGUAGAGGAUCUUCGACAAGAGAAUGCUCUGCUAAGAGCACAACUUCAGCAACAUGGAAUUGAACUAGCUACCACUGGGCAGACUGUAUAAAAAACUGUCUUACCGUGAAACUCAAAAUACAAUGGACACCAGUAUUAUUUAUGGGAUUUAAUUUGUUUCAAGAAAAAAACCCAUGAGGUGACAUAAAGCUAAACCACAAAAAAAAGGCAAUCAUUAGUUUGUGGUUUUGAGGUUUGAGCAAACGUUCAUAGCUUUGGUUUCAUUGGGCAAUGUGAAAUGAACCAUUAAAACCCUAAGAGUGAUGAGGAUCUCCGAUUUCUCCCAACAUUGUCACCCCUCGAUGAAAAUUUAAGGUCAUAAGGUAAAGGAAAUGACUGCAAACUCAAGAAGCUUUUGAUUAUUAGACAAAUUUUUUUGUAACUACCACACGAAAUGUUUAGAGGACAGGUUGGAGAAUUUUAUUCUGGUUUUAGGGUGUAGAGGGUGAAAGAAGAAUUAAUCCCAAUUUCCAUGUUUUUUCAAGUUUCUCGGUAAUAGUGUGUUACUUUUUUAUUAAGCUGUCAUCACCCUGUAUAUAAGCAAUUCAUAUGACGGCAGUCUCCCAAAGCUUCCAUGGUGAGGUUGAGAUUCCUCUUCCGGUGUUCCAUGAAUUUUAUUAUAGUCACUCUUGAAGAAAUAGUUUUAAGAUCAAUAUUUGUUUUCUGAAAUAACUAGUCUCUUGAUUAACAUAAUUGUUUUGUUAGGUAAGCUAUUUUAUUUUCACAGUGAAGAAUGUUGAUCUCAUUACUUUGCUGUUGUUGUUUUUUUUUGUUUGUUUGUUUUUGGGUUAAGCUAAAUUGCCUUCACGGGCCAGGGUAAUUUGUUCCUUACUGUGAAGUUGCAAAUACUAAAAUGACUUAUUUUUAAGUUAUGACUGUUACCUUGUGAAAUAUCAGGUUUCCAAAAGUAUGACUUUGCAAAAAUUUCAUGUGGCAAGGUGCUUUACAACAUACAUUGUUAAAGUAAGGGUUGGUUUGAUAUUUGAGGUAAUUGUGUUCAGUUGUAGAAAAUCCUCAUGUACAAAGAGAGCUCCAUUCAUAAUUGAAAAACGUAAGGACCUUGUGCGACAGGGGAAUAUAUUAAUGCAAUGCAUUCCUAUGAGAAAUGUUUUGUCACUUGCUGCUAGAUUGUUCAAUUCUGAAUUGCAUUUCAGAAGUUGAAAUGCCCACAGUCAAUGCCUUUUUGACCAAACUGGAAGUAGUCAUGGUGAGAUUUCACCAACAAGAACUGAGCCGUGUAAGAGUGAAAUUAUAUGCAGAUCUCGAAACCUUUUACUUGACAUUUAUGAUUGGUAACAGGAAACAUGUUUGGCUUUCAUGUCUAUGCUGCUCUGUCAGCUUCUCAAAAUACUCUAUCCAGUUUUGCAGCAACUGUACCUCAGAUUCCAGAUGUUCACCAUGUUAAUUUUUAGUUUGAACAGUUUGGCUUUAAGUGUCCCACUUUGGCCAUUUGCAUUGUGUCUCAAUCAUUUCAGUGUGGCAUUUUUCUACCAAACUCGCAUUUUGUGGCUACUUUGAAUCACUUCGAACUAUAAUUUUUCAGAUCACAUCAGAUAAAAAAUCUUGGGGUUACCUUUUGUAGAAGGUGAUGGUGUGAAGGAGGAAACUCUGAAUUUGUAAACAUUUUUUUUUUUUUCUUAUUUAAUCUCAAACCCCCAGAAUUUGUUGUGAGAGAAGCUCUGUAGAGGAAUAAAAUCACAUAGAUUUAUGAAGUUAACUGAAUGACAAUAUUGAAACAAUGUACUGUAACAGUACAAAAAUAAAAGUUUAAAAUCAA